GUUUGUGUAUUGAAAAACUAUUACAUAACCGGGAAAAACAAUGGCAGCGAAUGGGAAAAGUCGUCGGAAAAACACGGAUCUAUUGGUCAGUGUUUUGAAAUAUAAUGCUCAGCGAAACCAACGCACAAAAAUGUCUGAAGAAGAUAUUAUUAUCACUAAAGUUGUAUCGAUGGCAAAGUCGAUGACAGUGUCACAGUUAGCGACCGCCACACAAAUAUUCCAGAACAUUAAGGACGGUUCGCUCGACUUGAAUGCCGCCGAAUCGGGAGUUCAACACAAACCGAGUUCCGUUUCGGUUAUCGGUUCGCCCGAAUUGGGAGCCGAUAUUCGAUCGGUUUCUGCUGGUAAUGACAACAGCUAUGGUCUUCGUCAUUGGACGCCAUUGGGUCCAAAACCAGUCGGCGAACAGCGGUCGGAAUCGGUUCCUAUUGAAGUCAUGUCUGUAUCGCCGAACUCAACCUCACUAUCUGAUGGCGCUCUCGAAGUCGGUGUAACUGAUGAUGACGUACCCCAAGAUGUCGAACAGCAACAGACAGAACGUCAACAGCGACCGCAACAACCGCGCGGAGGUCCGGGUGGACCGCAAUCGACUGGAUUCACUCCGGGAGGGUAUAAACGACCGAAUCAAGAGGCGGACCCUCCGGCGGGUAUUCGUGUUCCCGGACAGGAACCGCUGACUCCGUCGAUGUUGGCCGAAGCGAAUCCUCAGGAACAGAAACAAAUGUUGGGCGAACGACUGUUUCCUCUGAUAUCACAUAUGCAUCCGGAUUUGGCCGGAAAAAUCACGGGAAUGCUUCUCGAGAUCGACAACUCGGAACUCCUUCAUAUGCUCGAACACUCGGCCAGUCUUAAGGCCAAAGUCGAUGAAUCGGAAAACAGUCAGAAAUCGGAAGAAUCGCAACAAAUCGGCGGAAAACAGAUUAACUAAUUGGUGGUCAAGAAGACAGACAACAACCGAUUAAAUGGACGACAAAUUGAAUUAAAAAUAUUUACCGAAAAAUGAAUUAAACUUUUGAACCG